AACACAAAACACACCUGUCAGGAAUCUAAGCGCAUGCGCUGUAGCGAUUCAAAUGAAGUAUGGCGGCUCAGAAGUAAUAGUUUUAAAAGUUAUCCAAAAGUUGUUUACGUUUUACGCGCAAAUGUCUCCCGGUGACUAUCUAAUUAUAACGUUCACUUGUUCAUUCUUAUUUUUAGGAUUAUAAAUACAAUGACUAUUGGAUAUAUUUGUUGAUGUUAUGCCACACUAUUUAAUUGUGGAUUAUUUGAAUUUGUACAGAGUGCUGCUUUUAUGAUGGUUUGAGAAGGUGAUCAUGGCUUUUAUCCAAUUUUUACAAAUAUAGGACACCAGUAAAAAACAUCGUUGCUAACGGAGACAACGGGGGAAAAUAUAAACGUUUAGUAAUACAAAGGACGCAUUGAGGAGGCAGUCUUUUGCGUGGAGGGCUAAUAUCAUUUAACCAAAUGUCCGAGGGCCGUCGUAGUCAGGUCGUAUUGCUUGAUGAACGUAGAUUAGAUUUAAUAAUACAAUCUAGACUGUAUGGUGGUGAAUUAUUAGACAUUGUUGCUUCUCAUUUUAAUCUUAAGGAGAAAGAUUAUUUUGGAAUAGCUUUUAUUGAUGAUACAGGUCAAUAUUCAUGGUUGUCUCUUGAUAAACGCGUUUUGGAACAUGACUUUCCGAAAAAGAACAGCGAGAAAGGAUCCACUAUAAUUCUAUAUUUUCGUAUUAAAUAUUAUAUAGAAAGUAUAACACAACUUCGAGACAGUGCAACCAUCGAGGCCUUUUAUUUACAGACAAAAUCUCUGAUUGCUAAGGGAGAAUUGGAAAUUGAUGCUGACAUCAUAUUCCAGUUAGCAGCUCUUGUAAUUCAAGCAACUUAUGGAGAUUAUACUGACGAGCCAACAUUCAAGUCUCAUUUGAAACGAUUACCUGUGCUGCCAACAUCUACCCUUAAAGAGUUUCCGUCAAUAUCUCUAUGUGAAAACAAAGUCCUUGAACACUACCAAGUGUUAGUGGGUCAAACAAGAGGUGCUGCAAUUGUAAAUUACUUGAGUAUUGUUGAAAGUUUGCCAACAUAUGGUCAGCACUAUUAUGAAAUCAAGGACAAGCAAGGAAAUGGUUGCUGGCUUGGUUUAAGUUAUAGAGGUAUUAGCCAAUACGAUAAGAAUGAUCGCAAAACUCCUCGAAGGGUAUUUUUUUGGAAGCAACUGGAAAACUUAUAUUUCCGAGAUAGAAAAUUCACUAUUGAAGUUCAUGAAGCUCGCAGGGUUGUUCACACAUUGAGUAGCUUCAACCUCUAUGAAGAUGCAAUAGAAGAGCCACUUGAAGAAUUUGAUGACUUGUCAAAUGCAAUCUGUGAUCCAACCACUCAAUGUUUAAAUAUAAUUUCAAGAGUGUCUGUUAGCAGAAGAGCUUUAGCACCAGCCAAUGUAUUUGCAUAUGUGUGGUAUGCAUCCUCACCCAAUGCAGCAAGAUGUAUUUGGUCUAUGGCAAUUUCUCAACACCAGUUUUUCCUUGAUCGAAAUCAGAAAAAAAGCCAAAAUCGUGUGAAUAGAAGCUUAAGCCAGAUCGCAUCAGAACUUUGUCGCAGUGUGCAAUCUCUGUCCUCGGCAAGCUCCCAUUCAAAUAUCAGCAGAAGCAACAGCUCAGCUAGUCUUCCCACGAUAGUUAUUGAAGGUGAAGUAAGUGAGGAGAGUAGAGCUGCCACCCUUGAAAUGUUGACUGCUCUUCAGUCCAGGAAAGAUGCCCUUCAGGAAGCCCUCAAAAAGAAGACAGAAGAACUCAAAGCUCUCUGCCUUAAAGAGGGAGAAAUUACUGGAGAGUUGCCACCUGAAACACCGUACCUACCUGGUGAAGCUCAGCCCCAGGUGCGAAGACGCAUAGGAACUUCGUUCACCAUCAGUGAUAAAAUCAUCUAUCGUGCUAAAGGCAAAGAUCGUGAGACAUUAAAUGAUUUAGAGCUUGAUUAUGAAAUUCAAAGUAAGAUUGCUUCUGCUGCUUUUAAAUUGGCAAAUGAUGUCAGUGCUCGCAAAAGUGUCCGCAAAAUGCGCAAACUGUCCUAUCAGCAAGCAACCACUAAGCUCAGGGACAUUGAGCAGAAGAUAUCAACUCUUAAAAGAGAAAAAGAUUCUCAGAAGAAAGAAUCUAGCUUAAGUAGCAGUUCAUGUAAGUUAAAAUUAUGUGCUGUAAGUGAUAACAGGUUAAAUUAUGUAGGUCUUCCUAACUCAUCUUCUGAAAACUCCAUCCCAGAUCGCAGUAGUAUGAACUCUGCUCUUAGCAAUUCUGCAGUUCCACCUUCCUCAUCGCUGCCUCAUUUAGUAGAAGGUAUAAGCACAUCAGCACCACCAAGCCCACCAAAAAACCGCCAGAGGCACCAAUCUUUACAGCAUGUUCCAGCUGCAGUUGUAGAUGACACUUAUGAAGAGGUAGCUGCUCCAUUCAGCUUGUGUCCCAGAAGAGACUCAUCAUCGUUUUCUGCUGCCUCUGAAUAUGACGCUGUUAGCUGUGGCAGCAGCAGUGUCGCAUCUUUAGGCAUUCCUUACAGAAAUAGAUUUGAAACUCAUCUUGAUAUUGAAGGUACCAAUCAUUACAGUGUUCCAAACCGAAGAGCUAGUCAAGUGUUCAACGAUACUGAAGACUUUCUUUUAGAUGACAAAUGCUUAGAGACACAAAGUCAGUGCUAUGUCGAUAUGACUCAGUCAAAGAGAAGUGUCCACACACCUCUUUCUUGUUCUUAUGACGAAAGGCUGACAUUUAUCCAGUCCGACUAUUCGAUAAUGGACAAAACUUUGCAGGGAAGUGAUUAUGACAAGGCAUGCAUGAAUAGCAAUGAAACUUUGAAAUUUUCAAAUGCCGAUAUUUCGUUUAAGGUGCCCUAUGCAAAAGAACCAGUUCGAAGGGACACUUUUCCCCACUCUCAUUCAGUAAAUUCCUUGCACAGAGCACACAUGGGCUCGCUGCACGGUAGUAAGAUAAAUGAGGUGCAUUUGAGUGACCCAGAUUUGAAUGCAGAUUCAGUCGACGGUCAUGGUACUAUUCGUCAUGGGUACAGCGUACCCACUCUUAAAAAUACUUUGCGUCCUUAUAAUAGUGGACUGGCUAUUUCACUGAAUGAGUAUUCUGGUGCGAACCACAGUAUUAAUCAAGUUGUUGAUUUAGUCCAAGCUUCUGUUUUGCUACAAGAGAGUAAACGAGCAGCCUCUUGCAAUCCAGAAGUUAGUACUCCAAAAACUAAAACGAAAGAAUGGACCGAGACUUCCUUAGAUUCUCCUUUAGUGAUCAGAAAGCGUAAACCUAAAAUUUCUGAGAGUAGCAGUGAGCUCUCUCAGCCAGCCCAAUGGUUAGACAAUGGCCUACCCCCUGAGCCUGCUUACAAUUAUCAAUCUUCCAGAGACUUACGGGAAGAUUCCCGGAUAUUUUUACACAAAAAUUCCGAUAUGCAGGAUUCACCACCUCACGUUAAUCAGAACAUGAAGGGUAACUGUUGUGCGGACUACAGACCUUUGAGUUCAGCCAGUAAUUUCUCUUUGCACAUUCCCACCGAAAGACCGCACUCAAGUUUGAAUCGGAAUUUAUUUCCCGAAAAUAAUCCGUAUCGACUUUACGAAAACAUAGAUGAUCUAUCAUUCCAAUCCUCUUCGAAACAAGUUAGAAAUGGUUCGUAUUAUGAAAACAUCGAUCAUAUAGAGUUAAGUUUGAACAAUUCCACAAAGAUGCCAGAUCUUAUUGAAAAUACAAUUCAUAAUGCCAGACACAUUAACAUUAGGGAGGAUAACUUUGAUGAAAUUCAUUCCGCCUGUCCAGCAAUUGCACAACCUCAGGAGCCAUCAAAGCACCUGAAGAGAUCUCCAUCCCACCAAACAUCAGCAGAAGUCAAUCUUGCCAAUCACGACUAUUGCAACCUCCCACCAGACAAUGAUUACGAACCUAUCGAAUUCGGUGCUUCUACUCAUCGUGUUGGUUAUCAUCAAGCACACUGUGAUAUUAGAGAACUGUCUCAUCCUUACUCAGCAUCCCAUAGAGAGUCACCUAAAAUUAGUGAAAUCAUUCCAGAAAAUGCCCCACCGAUUCAGCAGUGGCCUUCUGUCGUGGAAAAGCCUGAGUCCUCUGUUCCAUCCAGUGUGAAUUUGCCGUCUCCGAGUGUUAGUUUGACUCCAGCCGUGGAGGUUAAUGUUGUUUCUAUGGGGCAUUUCCAGCCUUACUGGGAGGAAACUAAACCUUACGAGCUGUCUGACUUUUACAAAUACAGCACCAAACAUCGUCGCCAGCAAUCAGCCGCUCUCUCACCUAGUGCUGAUGACUCUCUCGUUCAACAUUGCACGAUUUACCCGCAUGAAGCUAAUCAUCAGUUUUAUGCUGCAAAUUCAGAAAAUAUGAACUGUGAUUAUUCACCCCAGGGGCCUGUCCAUAUUAAUAUGGGAAAAAUUCCUAAGCAAAUUAUCACUAGCAGUAGUGUUCCUAUUUUUGAUAGUCAAGAACACAUAGAAGUAUCCACAAAAUACUAUAAAGGUGAUUCCCCUGCUGUUCCUGUAAUGAGGCAUCCUGAAGAUCCUGACAAGAGUCUCUCAUUGGGUGAAAUUGAUCUGCAGAUUUCUUUGGCCGAUACUUUUCAUGAUGAAAUGGUCUCUUGGUAUCAGAAUCAAGAUUCUGUUAAAAAAGCCACUUUAGUUUAAUUUUAGAUUCCUCUCUUGGUCUAAAAUGUCAUUUGAGCAUCAACAGAAACAUGUGUACAAAAGGAAAUCUAUUUAUUUUUUGUAAAAUUUUUGUAUAAAGUGAAUUAUAACAAAAUCAUUAAUUCAUAUUUAUUAAAAGAAAGAAAUUUA